AUGCCCCUGUCCCUGGGAGCCGAGAUGUGGGGGCCUGAGACCUGGCUGCUGCUGCUGCUCCUGGCAUCAUAUACAGGAUGGUGCUCGGCAGGCGAAUUGGAGACUUCGGAUCUAGUGACUGUGGUGCUGGGCCAGGAUGCAAAGCUGCCCUGUUUCUACCGAGGGGACCCUGACGAGCAGGUGGGGCAGGUGGCUUGGGCUCGGGUGGACACGGCGGAGGGCGCCCAGGAGCUGGCGCUACUGAAUUCCAAAUACGGGCUCCACGUGAGCCCAGCCUACGAGGGUCGCGUUGAGCAGCCACAGCCCCCACGGGACCCCCUUGACGGCUCCGUGCUCCUGCGCAACGCUGUGCAAGCCGAUGAGGGCGAGUAUGAGUGCCGCGUCAGCACCUUCCCAGCCGGCAGCUUCCAAGCGCGGCUGCGGCUCCGCGUACUGGUGCCUCCCCUGCCCUCCCUGAAUCCUGGUCCAGCACUAGAAGAGGGCCAGGGCCUGACCCUGGCAGCCUCCUGCACAGCUGAGGGCAGCCCGGCCCCCAGUGUGACCUGGGACACAGAGGUCAAGGGCACAGCCUCUAGCCGCUCCUUCACGCACUCCCGUUCCGCUGCUGUCACUUCAGAGUUCCACCUGGUGCCCAGCCGCAGCAUGAAUGGGCAACCACUUACCUGUGUGGUGUCCCACCCUGGCCUGCUCCAGGACCAAAGGAUCACUCACAUUCUCCAAGUGGCCUUCCUUACUGAGGCCACUGUGAGGGGCCUUGAAGACCAAAGUAUAUGGCAUGUUGGCAGAGAAGGAGCUACACUUAAGUGCCUCAGUGAAGGGCAACCCCCUCCCUCAUACAACUGGACACGGCUGGAUGGGCCUCUGCCCAGUGGUGUCCGAGUGGAAGGGGCCACUCUGGGCUUUCCUCGGCUGACCCCUGAGCACAGUGGCAUCUACGUUUGCCAUGUCAGCAAUGAGCUUUCCUCGAGGGAUUCUCAGGUCACUGUGGAUGUUCUUGACCCUCAGGAUGCCAAUGUGAAGCAGGUGGACCUGGUAUCUGCCUCGGUGGUGGCAGUGGGCGUGAUUGCCGCACUCCUGUUCUGCCUUCUGGUGGUGGUGGUGGUGCUCAUGUCCCGAUACCAUCGGCGCAAGGCCCAGCAGAUGACCCAGAAGUAUGAGGAGGAGCUGACUCUAACCAGGGAGAACUCCAUCCGAAGGCUGCAUUCCCAUCACACGGACCCUAGGAGCCAGCCGGAGGAGAGUGUAGGGCUGAGAGCCGAGGGCCACCCUGAUAGUCUCAAGGACAACAGUAGCUGCUCUGUGAUGAGUGAAGAGCCAGAGGGCCGUAGUUAUUCCACGCUGACCACGGUGAGAGAGAUUGAAACACAGACUGAACUGCUGUCUCCAGGCCAUGGGCGGGCAGAGGAGGAGGAAGAUCGGGAUGAAGGCAUCAAACAGGCCAUGAACCAUUUUGUUCAGGAGAAUGGGACCCUGCGGGCCAAGCCCACGGGCAAUGGCAUCUACAUUAAUGGACGGGGGCACCUGGUCUGA